ACCACCUCUUGCUGCGGGACAUCCGCGUUUAUACGGGAUACUGGCUUCUAAUGGUUGGCCACGAUCGCUUUUAGCGGUGGAUCGAUGACGCUUGAACGUACGCAAUACUUCGAUUCUAAAUUUUUUUCCUUCUUAACGUAAUUUUUUAAUUUUCUCAUUUUUAUCACCGUCCGUAAUUUGAUUAAUUUUAAUAAUACACGUCUCCUGAUGACAAAAUAUGAGUUUUCAAGAGUUAAAAUUGCGAAGUGUGAACAAUCUAACGGCAACACCGAGUUAUAAACGUAAUAAUAGAAAGUUGUGCGCUAUAAAUCGGGCGACGAAUUUAAGAGUGUGCGAGAAGAGUGUAUGUGCGUGCGUGCGUGCGUGUAUGCGCGCGCAUUGUAGCCGUGCACUGGGGACGUUCCAGAGAGACUUUCGAGCUGAAUUGCUCGCGUAUUUAGGAAUUCGUCUAACCGAUUCCAAAUAUAGUAUCAGCGUAAACGGGCACAAAGAGAACAAGCAUCGAUUCGUCGUUCCAACUACGUCCAGAUUUCCAACUAACGGAUUGAACACCGCACAAAUCAUCGUUUCCAUUUAAUUGCCUGACAGAGAGAGAGAGAGAGACAGGCGAGACAAGAGAGAAAUAGAGAAAUGAGAACCCCUGGUUCGUUUGGUAGGAUGGCUCGCUCGAAUGGGGCGACUGGUUGCCGGUCGUUGACCCCGCAACUGCAACCACCACCCCAUCUCGGCCCUCCUCCUCUCCUCUAGGUGCCGUGAAACCGUUCUAUCUGUGCCUCCGCUCCGUAUCUAUCGCUCUUCCUGUCUGCUUACUCAUUACGACUUUUUCCGCUUCUUUUGCGCGUCUUUUCUCUCCCUCCCCCUCCCCUCGGAUUAAUUUCUUUCCACGCGAGACAAGAAUGGUUGUCACCGUGGAAAAUGUCGUGGACGUUAUCGGUGAUUUUCCUUACGAAUACAGAUGGUUCUUCCUUGUCGAGUUUUUUCGAGAGAAAAUUUCAAAAAAAGAAAAGCCUCGAUUGAGGAAAAUUUUGCGUAUUAUUUAUUUAUUUUUUUUUUUAAAUUUGUUAUAAUUUCGUUUAUAAUAUGAGAUUGAUAGCACGGAUACUUUAAGAAGAUAAGUCUUAUCUUAGGUGAAAGGAUUCCUGAAUUAUUAUCUAGAGAUAAUAUAAUUCGAGGUUUAAAGGUUAAGAUAAGAUAGGAUAAUAUCCAUAAUUUGUAAUCCCUGAAAACUUUUCUGCUUGUUCAAUUUUUUAUUUCCUCUAAUAAAUUAUAUAUAUAUAUAU